AUGACGAUGUUUGUCGACGCCGACCCGCUCCCCUCCGCCGCGCAACGGUAUACUCAGGGUCAGGCACAGGAACCAGGACAGGAACAAGACCAGGAGCCGAGUCCCCCGAGCUCUCACAGCCCAUCAGACGAGGUGCAGUCGCCUGUCAAGCCGGACGGGUCGCCAAAGAAGCGGAAACGAGCCAGGAAAGCUGCGACUGGCAAGAAGUUCGAUUGCAAGCACAAAGGCUGCGGAAAGAGUUAUUCGCGAGCAGAGCAUCUCUAUCGCCAUCAGCUGAACCACUCUCCCAAACAAAUAUAUCGAUGCGAAUUCCCCAGCUGCUUCCGCACUUUCGUCCGCCAGGAUCUGUGUAUCCGCCACCAGGAGCGCCAUAAUACCCACGGCUCACAGCUGCAAAAGCGCGAUCAUGUCGCUACUCAGAGCUCUGGCGCAGGCUCGUCGCCGUCCGCGAGAGACACAAGCAACCCGGGUCAUCCUUCUACGGCGCAAGGCAUCUCACAGACAAACGAGACCGGGUCACCAGGAGCAAUUCCUCCUCUUCAGCAGAUGGCUGAACAACCUUCCACCGGCGCAAGCAACAAUGGCUUCAUGCCGCCUCAGAAUUACCUGACCUCUACUGCCGCCGCUUCAGCUGCUGGCGGGCCUCUCCAGACACCCCAGACUACCACAUAUCACAACGGCAAAGCUGACACGAUGCGGCGACAGUCAGAAGGGAAUGCAGGCUACUUUGUUCCGACGCAGAAUGCGCAGUCGAUGGCUGUCUAUGGCGAUUCUAAUUGCUCGACAUACGAGCCCUACAGUAUUAAUAAUAAUACCCUCCAACCAUACUCGAUAAUACCGCUGAACGGAGCAUCAGAUAUGGCUCCCAGUGCCUCCGUGGCGCCAGAACCCAUGCAAUCACGGCAGCCAUCUAUACCAAGCCCCGCUGGCAAUCAUACCGUGUCUCCUUUUGGCAUGCCGUCCGGCUUGUUAGCAAAUGGCAUGGCUACAAACACGUAUAUGCCCCAGAGCCAGAGCCUGCAUAUGCCUACUGUCAUUCCCGGCCCUAGCUUUACGGAUCCUGCCCUGGGAAGGUCCCACAGCCAGUCAUCUUCAGGCGUGAACCUCGCCAGCACUCUGAGCCAGAUGGCCUCCAUGCCAACAGCCAUGCAUUCGGAAGUAUCGGUCUCUAACAUGGACUCUGUAGUGCCGUAUGCCCUCCCUGUAUUUGGUGGAGAGAUACUGAAUCGAUCUCCAUUUGCCCUGACAGACGACUUCACCGCCUGGCUUUUUAACGAAAGCUCGAAUACUUCAUCUGCUGCUGGAUUCCCUGCUGUAUCGACCAUAAUACCCAAUUAUCUCGACCCUUACUCCGGCCAGAUCCAGAACCCAUAUUACCCUACCGAUUCUACCGCUGCUGCUGGGUAUGGUACCAGCACCCCGCAGCCACAACAGCAACAGCAGCACCCCAUGAGUGUGACUAGUAUCCUCGAUUCUGGGCCGCCGUACUCAGUCAUAUCUGGGGAGAAGCGGAGCGAACUUCUGGAUCUGAUUCAGACCAGGUUCAAUGAAACUGGAAGUGGCUCCUUGAAGUGUCGUAAGGAGACAUUUAUGGAGGGAAAUAUGGAGGCAGACAACCAUAUUCUCAGCUUACGCAUGAUGCAGACAUAUAUCAGCUCUUACUGGUAUCACUGCUAUGCACAACUACCUAUCUUGCACAAACACACCUUCACGCCUGACAAAACACCAAAUCUCCUACUUUUUGCGGUAAUAGCCCUUGGUGCUGUUACUCUUGAUAGCAACCGCGGCCAGCAAUUCACCGAUAUGGCGUCAGAGCUGGCCAAUUUCAUAUGCGUUCAUCUGCGAUGGGAGUUAUUCAUGGAUCCAGACUUCAGGCCCCCAGCAAAGCUCUGGGUAUUCCAAACGCUGUUACUUCUCGAGAUGUACGAGAAGAUGUAUUCUACGCGAGAGUUGCAUGAACGAGCACACAUCCAUCAUGAUACCACUUUAACAUUAAUGCGUCGUGGCAGCUCCUUGAUAGGCCGGACGGCCUUCAACUCACCUCCCUCUCCCUCAGACAAUCGACAGCGCCCGGGAGUCCCAUCGUCUUCAGGAAGUUCUGAGCCUGGCCAAUUCGACGAAUCGUGGCUGCGUUGGAUCAAAGCAGAGGGCACAAGAAGAGUCGCAUUUGCUGCCUUCGUCCUGGAUUCGACCCACGCAACCAUGUUCGGGCAUUCGGUAAAAAUGGCCGCACAUGAGAUGAGGCUGCCGCUCCCUUGCGAAGAAUCACUUUGGUCUGCAACUUGCCCUUCGGAGGCUGCCAAGGUACAGUUACGGCUCAAUGCCAACGGUUUCAAACCAACAAUGUUCCUAGAAGGGUUGAAGAAGACACUGAACGGCCAGGCCGUGCGAACCAACGCGUUUGGUCGAACAAUACUAAUGGCUGGAUUGCUGAGUGUAAGCUGGCACAUGAAUCAACGAGACCUGCAGGUUAGCUCGCUGGGCGUCUCCCAGGUCCCUGGGUUCAGAGACAAGUGGCGGUCGUCCAUGCUGCGUGCCUUUGAUAACUGGAAACGAGACUUUGAUGAAUCGCUACCUGAUGCUAGUCCAACCAGCUACUCAUCUGGCGGAUAUCAGCUACGCCAGCAGAAUCUCUUUGAAGAGGAUGUUUUCGCUGAGACAAGGAAUGUCCUCCACCACCUCGCUCACAUGGCUUCACAUGUCGACGUGGUCGACUGCCAGAUAUUUGCAGGCGCAGCCCGACUUCUUGGACGAGCUAUCACACCCAGAGACAUUAGCUGCGCGCGAGAGAAGAUGGUUGAUCGAUGGGCGAACAAAGAAUCAGCCCGAGACGCUACCUUUUAUGCCCUAAAGUUCUUGUCCCAGGUUCUGCUGCGAAAUAGCGGCACAAGAGCGGAGAAUCAGGCCUCCCGGUCAAGCAUAAAUAUACCCGAAUACUGUGCCCGAGAGGACUUCAUCAUGAGUCGGCCGUGGGUCCUCUACUUCGCUGCCCUCGUCGUAUGGUCGUAUGGGUUUGCUCUAGAUGGUCCCAUCAGGCCAUCACCACCGCCAGACCUGACCCUCCCUGAACAGCAACGGCAUGACAUGUAUGGCUUCCUCGAACGGGUUGGCGGCGUCCGUCACCCCAAUGACCUUGAGAAAGUACGUGAUCGGAACCGGUGUAUGGGCCUUCUCAUGGUCCUGCGUUCAGAUUUCCUCAACACAAGAUGGGAGCUACUUCAUGAAGCAGGCAAGCUGCUAGGAAGCUGUAUCGAGAAAUUAAAGGGCACGCAGGCAACAGUCCCUUCGAGCUCAUGA